AUUAUUUUUGUUUUGAUUUAUAUUCUUCGGUAUUUACAAUAUAAUCUAGUUUCGUACUCAUAUAAUUAUGUUUAUCUACUAAUUUUACAACAAGUUCGAUCAUAAAGCUUAGUUAUAAAUAUGAAUCUCGAGUUGCUAGAAUCAUUUGGACAAAAUUAUCCUGAGGAAUUCGAUGGAACAUUGGAUUCCAUAUCACUAGCAGCUACAUGCGCGUUCAACCGACGCGGAACGCUUUUAGCUGUGGGCUGCAAUGAUGGAAGAAUAUUUAUCUGGGAUUUUCUAACGAGAGGCAUUGCUAAGUCCAUAUCAGCUCAUGUGUAUCCAGUUUGUAGCUUAAGUUGGUCUCGGAAUUGUAAAAAGCUAUUAUCAUCAUCAACGGAUCACAAUGUGUGCAUAUGGGAUGUGCUGUCAGGUGAAUGCGAACAGAGAUACAGGUUUCCCACGCCCAUACAAAGGGUGCAGUUUGACCCACGGAAUGAUAAACGUUUUCUCGUGUGCCCCAUGAGACAUGCAGCUCUGUUAGUUGACACGGACGGUGGCCAUAAGAUACUGCCUAUUGAUGAUGAUGGUGAUAUAAAUGUAAUAGCUUCAUUUGAUCGGCGAGGUGAUCAUGUAUAUACUGGGAAUGCAAAGGGAAAGAUACUUAUAUUGGACUCACAGUCUUUAGCAAUUAAGGCAAGCUUUAAAAUCACAGUUGGCACAUCGAGCACGACUGGUAUUAAAAGUAUAGAGUUUGCUAGAAGGGGAGAGUGA